ACCACAGCGUGCACCGCUGUUGCCGCACCACAGUCUCGAUAGGCCGCUAGGCAGGCUACCAGCCCCAAAAACUACUGCUACAAGUGGUAUGGUAUUCUCCCGCAGGUCGCCGCUUGCCUUUGCUUCGCCUUGCCUAGCUACUCUCUGCUGCUGCUAGCUAGCUCCCUCCCGGCCGAUACCAAACUUGGCAACCCGUGAGUGGGCGGCCCGGCUGCAGCAGCACCAGCACCAGCACUAGUACCUCUGUCUCCUCCGCUCCCGCUCCAGUCAAGGCUGCCUCCUCGCCUCCCCUUCUCCUCCACCUGCUAGCUCCCUCCCGGACGGAUUGAUUGCUCCGUUGGCUCUGGAAGCGGCCGGCAUGGGCAGCAGGGAGCAGCAGCGCGGCAGGAGGGACCGCUUCAUCGUCAUCCCCUUCUCCUCCACCUGCCGCUCCGCCGCCAGCGUCGACAUCGUCCAGUCCAAGAAGCCCCAAGGUGCUGGCGGUGGCGGCGAGGGGACGUCGGCGGCGGCGGUGGUUAGGCCGGCCAAGGGGGAGUCGCUGUCGCUGGUGGCGCGGCUGCUCCGCGGGUUCAAGAACCUGUCCCACCAGAUCUUCGCGGUGUACGACGAGGACGACGAGGAGGAGGAGCCGGAGAUGGUGAUCGGCCUCCCCACGGACGUCAAGCAUGUCGCGCACAUCGGCUGGGACGGCAGCACCAGCACCACCUCCAGCGUCCGCUCCUGGAACCGCGCCGCCCCUCCGCCUGGCACCACCGCUCCGGCCGCCGCGUCCGCGUCCACCUCGGCCUCAGCCUCGUCCUCUUCUGCCGCUCCUCCACCGCCACAGGCGCAGCCGCCGUCGCUCUCCGCGCGGCAGUUCGAGCUCGCCAUGGCCGCGCAGGCGUCCGCCGCGGCCACAACCAGCACGAGCGGCGCCGCCCGGCGCCACCGCCACUACAGCUAGCGCGGCCGCGCGCGUCACCAAGCGGGGGCGUGAAUCUGGACGGUGGGUCGUGCCGUCGUCACGAGCCCUUGUCUCUUGCUCCCGAAUUAUCACCAGUUUCCCUUGUGUACGUAGCCAUAGCGACAUACCUUUUUUCCCGAGGAUUUUUGUUCGGUUGCUGCUUGUUUUACAUACAUGGUCACUGCCGAGUGCUGCUGAUACUGGAGUACGUAAUAUUUUACUAGUCGCUAAA